AGCAUGCGCAGCCUCUACCGCAUGGCCCGCCGGCCCCACCGCCGCAGCUGCGCCUCCGCCUGCCCCGCCGACGCCCCGCCGCGCAUGGAGGAGCUGGACCACCUCGUCCUGCUGGCCCUCAUGACCGUCCUCUUCGCCGUCUGCUCGCUGCCCCUCGUCGUUCGUGCUUACGUCGGAGCGUUUGCUGCUGACUUUAAUGAAAAUGCCGACCUUACAGCCCUGAGGUUUUUAUCGGUGAACUCCAUUGUGGACCCCUGGAUUUUCAUCAUUUUCAGGACUUCAGGUUUUCGCAAGGUCCUUCAUAGGGUCUGCAGAAGACUGAACUCUAAAAAAGCCGCACCGCCUCAGCUUCUCUGAACUAGCCACCGAAGCGGCAGCGGUGACGAAUGUGGUUGCUUCCUUUCGUAACGUGAACGGGAAGACUCUUGAUCCAGUAAUUGUUUACAGAGUCCAGUGGAUCUCAGGAACGAUGCCAGAUGUGGUGAUUGUGACAUGUGGAUCAUCUCUAAACACUGUAAAAUAAUAUAGCACUGUGUUCCAGGGCAGGUAGAGUGCCUUAGUUGUUCUGCUGUGUGUGUGUGUGCGCACUACAGAGGGGGACAUGGUCCUCCGUUAUUGCGUGUUUGCCUUUCUAGUCGCAGACUGGAAGUGAAAGUGUGUGGCUCAGGCAAAUAACCGUGACUCUUACGAAGCGACCAUGCGCUGCUUUCCAGAGAACUCGGAUGACAGGACAAAUCAUGUGUUUGCGGGAUAAAGCGCUGCCCUCUGCUUCUCGGGCCCGAUUCACCGCUCCUCUCCGAGCAAGGCCCCGAUCUCUGCAUGGGCGAGCCCUGAUGCCUUUGGGAUUUCUCAUUGAUUUCAACAGGCUGCAGGCAGGCAGAUACAUCUGCCCACUCGGGGAUGUGAAAGGCUAGCCGGUUAUCUGGUUAGUGGGCAAACAUCACCCUAAACGGUUAACCCUACCAAUUCUGGUUAACCGGUAACCAGUGGGGGCUGGAGGAGCUCCCCGCCCUGCUUGCCAUGGGUAGGGGGCUGCUCUCAGCUGCAGCAGCCUCUGUCCAUGGGGAGCCUGGGUGCUUGCAGGCAGGGGUGGGCACCAGGAAGCAGUGGCAGCCACAGCCCCUACAUGAGGGAUACGAGCCAGCCCCAGCGUGGGGGUCAGAAGCUGGAUGCAGCCCCAGCUGGGAGCUGGGGGCCAGUCACAACACUGGGCUGGGGGUGAGAGCCUCAUGGGCUGGGGGUUCACCGGUGAAGCGUUAGAUCCACCUGACGUUUAACUGACCAACUGGGAAUUUACAUCCCUGCUCCCCGCAGGGAUCGGCUUAGAGGCUCCAGGCCAAAAUCAGGACUCACCCAGGUCUGUCAGGGAGA